AUGAAGUUCCCACUUCGCUCCCGCACCAAAAUCAAGGAUCCCCUGUUGGAGGCCUUCCGAGAUGCCCUCCGCAGUAACCAUCGAUCAUACAUCGAGUCCUUCGGGCUGAGCGCGUCCAGCAGCUCGAGCAAAUUCUCGCCCCUCUUCUCGUCGUCCAUGCUGUCACGCAGCCACGGCAGCAUCGGCCUGAUGCUCGGCGGCAGCAGCAGCAGCAGCAACAGUUCCAGUAGCAGCGCCAGCUCCUCGACCAGCAGCAUGGCUGGACCCGGGGCCGCAUACAGCCAGAGCGAUUUGUCGGCCACCGGCAUCUCCGGCCGCGAGUUGCGCGCCCUGGCCCGAACCAUGAAGCUUAUCGAGCGAUCUCUGGAGAAGGAUGUGACUCGGCCCGGGUCUGUUGCCGCCGAGCCGAUCACUUUCGGGACGCUGUCUUCCAUCAACCAGCAGCAGCAGAGCACGGUCGCCGAGGGCUUGUCCCUGCGUGUGGAUGGCGUGCCUCUCUGCGAGCAUUCGCUGUCCAUCUUCACCUCGAGCCUCCGCUCGGUGGCCAAUUUGAAGCACCUCUCCCUGACCGAGUGCCAUCUUUCGUCGGGCGACGUGCGCAUCCUCAUGGAUACGCUGCUCUUGGACAAGCCGUCUGUCACGUCGCUUUCCUUCUCGCGCAACCCCAUCGGUGAUCUGGGCAUCGAGUCGAUCGCCCGGUAUGUCCGUGUAUCCGAAGGAUCGGUUCAUAACCUCGAGCUGGAGGGCAUCUCCGGCCUUUCGGCCCAUGGGGUUGGAAGCCUCGUCGCACUCCUGGAGUUUGUCAAGGUCCCCUUCUCGGUGAACCUGAGCAUGUGCCCCGACCUCUUCGAGUCGGCGCACAUCGAUCGACUCAUCGCCGCCGCCAACAACAAUGUCUGGGUGACACGUCUCCGGCUGGAGGGCUGCGGCCUCAGUGCCGCACAGUCCGACCGCCUGGAUGUGGUGUUGGCCCGCAAUGUGGAGAUUGUGUGCACGCUAGAUGUGCUGAUCAGCUCGGCCACGGGGAACAUCCGCGGGUUCCGGAGCCGACUGAAUCGCGCUCGCCAGGCGGCCAUCAGCUCCAUCCCAAAGCCCGCCUUCCCGGUGGAGAUGUCUCGUCGUGGCUCGCUGACCGGGUCUCAAGCGGACCUCCCUUCAUCCCAGGCCCGCAGUCAAACCUCCCCCGAGCGCAUCCCCGUCGCCGGUGCCGGGCCACCACCGCUUGGAGUGGUGGCGGCUCCGAGCAACGCCCCGCCAAAGAAGGGCCUGCCUGUGCCACCAGCUGGCCUUACAACGACGGCGGCAUCGCAGUCGCCCAAUCGCCUGCCCAUGUACAAGCUCCAUGCGGCCCGCUUGGCGACUCUCUCAUCGGCGGCGAUCGGCUCGACUUCCUCCAUUGCCAGCUUGCCGUCGAUUGCCCAUCCACACCCCAGCCGGCGCUUCGACGUGGGCUUCGCAUCCUCCAAGGGCCCACGUCGUGAGAUGCAGGAUGUUCUUGUGGUUCGCGGGGGUUUCGGCGGCAAGCCGAAUCAGGACUUCUUCGGCAUCUUUGACGGCCACGGUGGUCGUUCCGUGGCCACCUUUGCCGCGGAUCGCCUGGUGAAUUUGGUUGCCUCGCAGCUGCAUUCCUUCAGCAGCAACACGCAGCCAAUGAGCGAGCGCUUCCCGCCGGACGUCAUUCUCCGGCGUGCCAUCCACCAGUGUCAAUCUGAAUUGGAGUCCUGGGCCACGAUUACCGGCACCACGGCCACUCUGGUGUUGAUCACCGAGGGCCGGAUGGAUAUCGCGGUGGUUGGAGACUCCAAGGCUCUGGUGGUUCAGGGCCGCUGCCUGAAGUGUGCCUAUCGACUGAAUAAGAGCAUCUACGCCCGGCCCGGCUUCUUGGCAGAGUCCCUCUCGGCCAGCCUCGGCCUUGGCCAGGGGGCCUCGCUUUAUGGGAGUGCCACGAGCCUGGCCAUCUCGCCGUCGCCAACCGGCGGAGCGGGGGCCGAUGCAUCGAGUGCGGGGUCGGCGACCAGCGACUCGCUGGCCGAUGUCCGGCGCAUGAUGCCCCCGGCGCUGGAUCACCUAUCGCUCUUCCUGGCUUCAUCGACCUGUCCCUGCCUGACACUCGGGUCCUGCUCUGGGUGUGCCAAUUGUCGGAGCCCGGUGCAUGACCUGAGCCGGCUCCCCACGUCGCUGGAGAUCCCCGGGUCCCCGAGUGCCCUGAACAACAUGGCCGGCACGGGGAACUUCUCGUCGGCCGAGGGAUCGCCGGCGCUGGGCGGCUCGCCGGUGACCAUCCCCUGUAGGUCGCUUCUAAAUGACCAUGACCUGGCCGGCAGCUUUGAUGGGACGGUCCUGACGGAGGCCAGUUCGCCACUGGGCAAUGGCCCCGGUGAUCCGACGGUGCUACACUUGCCGGCACAGCUGGUGUCGCAGUCGGUGGUGGCCGAGAGCCUGGCCGGGCUGCCUCCACCGCCGCGGGUCCCGGUCCCAGAGCAUGUGGCCGGGGAAACCGACAACUGGAAGCCCCGUCUGCUGGCCGUGGAUACGGCCCUGCCCGGGCCGCUGAAUACCGGCGUUUUGCCCUCGGUCUUCUCGCCGUCGGCUUUGCGGGCCCCGCCGCCGAUCUUGCCACCGGGCAUUUCCUCGGCCCUGAUGAACCCCAAUCCGGCGCCUGCCAUGGAGCCGGGCUCCCACAGUCGUGCGCGGCCGCAUUCCCUGCACGAGCGUCUGGCAUUGUUGGAGCUGCCCUUCUUGUCGAACUGCGAUCUUAUCUUCCAAACGCGUGAUCACACGCCGGAAGUCCCGGGCGAGGCAGAGCGCAUCGCGAGUCUCGGUGGUAAUGUUGUCAAUGGUCGCGUCAAUGGCCAGCUGCUGGUCUCCCGUGCCAUUGGCGACAGCCGCCUGACGCCCUACGUCUCGUCGCAGCCUGACAUCUACUCCCUGGCCCUGACUGGCGUGGAGGAUUUCGUUGUCCUCGCAAGUGACGGCGUCUGGUCGGUGCUUUCGCCGCGCGAGGUGAUUGACAUUGUUCGUCGACACAUCCGGGCCCCGGUGGCUGCCGCCGAUCAAACCCCCGGCCCUGGGGGGGUUCCCCUGACGCGCUGUGCACAGGCCGCCGCCGAUGCCAUCCUGGCCGAGGCAUAUGUUCGCGAGUCGGCCGACAAUGCCGCGGUCAUUGUCAUUUCCCGGCUGCACAAUGCCCUCGGCGGGCACCAGUGGACUCGGCCAAUGCGCGGGAGCUUCCGGGCCAGCGUCGGCGACUCGUCCACGGUCACCCGCGCGGCCAGUGAUCUCGACCGCCGGGCAGGGGACUCGACCGCCGGCAUGCCGGAGCUGGUGUCGUCGGCCUCGAUGGAUGGGGACAUCGUCCGGACGCGGCGCCGGUCGCAAGUCCACGCGCAUCGGGUGCCACCCCCUCCGGCGAUUGCCACCCUUUCGAAUGGCAUCGCGCCGGCCACAACCAGCAACCUUCUGGCCCUCUCGGCGGCCGGGCUAUCGCAAUCGCAGGAUUCGGUCUUCGCGCGGCGGCCGGGCUCGGCCUCGGCCUCGGCCUCCGGACGCAACUCUUCACACUCCUCGCUGACGGACGACGAGGCGGCCCCCACACCAUCCCCCCGGUCCCCGCCAUCAGCCGCCGCCGCCUCCUCCUCCGCCUCCUCCUCCUCCUGCUGCUCGUCGACGGUGGAUCUCCUGUCGACGGAUUUGGACAGCUCCCUGUCGGACUCGUCCUCGCUUUGGACCGACUUUGACAGUGACGAUGACUCAUUCUCCGACUACGACGAUGACGAUGAUGACAGCGAUGCCGGCGAAAGGAUCCCCCCGAUGGCGCGCGCCGUCCCUCGGCCUUCCAACUCUCUCCUUACCUCCUCCUCGUCCUGUGACAGUCUGACCGCCUCGUCGGACUUCACCUCGGACUACGAGUCAGACUCGGGGUCCGACUCCGAGGGAGGGGGGCCGGCACCGGCUGCGCGCCUGGCCUCGUCGACCCCUGCCUCCACUCGGUCAUCCGGCUCGAGGCGCAUUUCUCGCCGGCGCAGCCGCAUGUUCCGGGCCGAAUUGUCGGACUUGGUGCUGGACAUCCAAGAGCCUGACAACUCCUUCCGCGUGGCGUACGAGGGCGGUGCGGAGCCUUCCCCGGCUUUGGCGAUCGCCUGCUGCUGCUGCUGCUGCCCGACCAAGACCCAAGUUUGUGCCUGCUCGCCAUCGGCCUUCACCUCGCGGCGUGUCUUUACACGGGAGGUUCCCUCAUUGGGGCAUGCUCCCGAGGAGGCCGCCAUCCUCACCCCAAGCAGCCAUGAUGAUGGUCUUGUGGAGGCACUGCCCGAAGGUCAGCCGCCGGCCGGUGACCAGAAGGUGCACCAGUGGCUUGAUAGUCAGUACGAGCAAAUGGCCGAGUCGGUCUCAUCCAAGAGCAGCGGCCAGGUGCGCAUCAAGCCCAGCAGUUUCCUGGCCGCGGCCUUCGCCGUGGCUCGGCUAAAGCCGACCAAGGCCGCCUGCACGCCGAUGGAGCUGACGCCGAAGGCGCGCGCGGCCCUGAUGACCGAGGCUCAGACAUCCUACGAUGCGGUGUCGCGUUUGCCCACGUCGCCGUCGGUGUCCAAUUUGCUGGCGCACAUGCCGCCGGCCGCCGGGGAGGCCGAUUCGAGGCCCGAUGCCAGGGAGGCUCCCGCGAGGGGGCCGGCCCCCGCCGAGGGAGGAGCCACGCAGGGCCGCAAGUCUGCCUCGGCACCAUAUGCGCCGGUCCCGCUGCCGCCCUCGCCCUCGGCCAUGUCGACCCCCUCGCUGCCAGCCUCGCCGCCGGCCAGUGCGCCUGGCUCGCCGGCACUCGGGAGCCCGGCCACUUUGCCGCCGUUGCAGCCGGUCGUUCGCCGGUCUUCCUCCAGCGUGUCAGCCGGCGGCAUGGCGGCCGGGGGGUGCUCGGCUUCGACGAGGAAGCCGCCAUCAGCGCUGCCCAUCGCAUCGGGCCGGUCACGGUCUCUCGGAGCUGGCCCGGGUGCGCCGGCCUCGACGACGUUGGAGGAGAUUGGCGGUGAAAUUGUUUCCCUGGUCGAAGCGCUGUCUAUGCAGCCGGCUCUCAUUGAGGCGCUGGCGGCCUCGCUGGCCACCGAAAGCCGUCGUGUCCCACCAGCCAAGGCGGGGAGGUCCCCGGCCGGGGGAUCGUGUCCCGCGGCGGGAUUGCCCUCCUCCUACUCCUCCUGCUCCUCUUCCUCUUCCUCCUCGUCCGCCCGGCGUGCCGGCCGGUCGCCCUCCAGCUCGCGCUCGCCCUCGUCUUGUUCCUCCUCCUCCUCUUCCUCCUUGUCGUGCUCUUCUUCGUCGGCUCCCCCCGGUGCCGAAUGCACGGCGCCCCAGCAGCAGCCGGUCGAAAGUCGGCCCUGUACGCCGAGCAUCGGGUCGCCCGGGUUGCUGGCGGCGCCGGCCGUAUCGACGCCGCCCCCAACGCGGCACUCCCGUCGGGCCUCCUUCGUAGAGUUGAUUACCUCGCUGGCUCCCCAGUCGCUGAUGGGAUCCCACUCUCCCGGCGCCGGCGGGCCGGCUGGGUCUUCGCCGACGCCGGCCGGCGGAGGGGCGACCCCCGGCCGGGGAGGCACGCCGCGUCAGCGAUCGCGAUCGGUGAAUAAUGCGGUGGCCCCGGCCGGCGCGGUUCCACUCCCCUCCGACGCCCUGGAGUCCGGCCACCUCCCCCUGCACCGCUCCCCUCUCCACAACUCCGGCAGCACGGCCAUCUGAGGAGGAGAGGGGGCCCGCGAGAGAGGAAGAUCCGGAUGUGAUCUUUCAUCCCGCCCCCUCCGUCGCCCUCUCUCUUCCAGCCGCGGGUGGAAACGGCGUCGCCCCCCGGCGUGCGUCAGGUAGUUUCAGGGAGAAGGAGGAGUAUGUGUCGAAACCCCCACACGCCCCCGGCAUCAUCCCUGCCCGCGCGCGCGCGCACGCACACGCGCACACCUGCAACCAAUAAUACACUCUGUCCUUGUUCUUG